AUGCAACAGGAGACGAAGUUCGAGCCAUACAACCCGGACCGACCCAAGAUGGUCACGAGCUUUAAGGGGAACCAGAAGCUCAUCUUCCAGGGAUACCGGUACAAUAUUCACCAUAUUGUACCCACCAAAGGUGUUAAAACGUGGCGAUGUGUUUGUGCCAAAAAGCUGACAUCUUCAAGGUCCUGGUGCAAAGGACGUGCGGAAACAUGGGACAAUGACAGUCAGGGCACCGCCAAAGGAGAACACAACCAUCCAGCCGAACACGAUGUAGCCGAACUAGAAUACUUUAAGGUAAUUUAAAUUAUUUCUAUUUUCUUGAGAAAGUGAAAUGCGCGCAACUUUCCCUGGUUGACCUUGACAUCCUUUCGUAUUUUACCGAACUUUUUUAGAGCCAACUAAUCAUGGCCGCUAUCAACUUCCCCAACAUUCCCUUGAACGAUCUUAUUGAUGAAGCGGCCCAUUAUAUGACUCAAGGAGUCACAUUCGGCAGUCGAGAUAGCCUCAAGAAAAGCCUGACUAUGGCCAGAAGAAGUGCGGAGAACGGCGGAUUUAGAAUUAGAUGCUACAAAAAUUCAGAAUCUUCAAAGAGUCGGAAUCCCACAUCACAGAAUACCAGUUCUGUGCCAACUACUGUAAGCUGCUUUUCCUAUUGUUUUCGUAGUCAGCUGACUAAAUGAUUUCUAAAUUCACAAUCUUCAGGUGAAACUUCCGACGGAACUGAAGUUCCCGGGAAACGGGACGAUGAUGAGUCUCUUGAUGCUGGCACAACAAUGCAGCAAAAAACAAGAGAACAAUAACGACGCCGAUCAUUUGGAUCUUAACGACGUAAGCGAAAACUUCCGACUUCUCUCCUCUCUUUGGUUGCGCAACCACAAAAUAAUAUAAUAAUUGAAUGUUUCUUUUCAGCAGGGUUCCUCCUCGACUUCGGACUUUUUGAGUCAGCUGAUGGGCAACGCCCACAACAGUAAUAAUCAUCAAGAUAUCCUGGACAGUUUCGAUCGCAACUCCCCGUUGACAAAGAUCGCCAAGCUAGACGAAUCCUCCACCGAUCUCGAUGACAGCGGCAUUUCUCUUUCGACCUCAGGCGGCCUUCUCAACUGGUCCCCGCAACGAGGUCACAACUCACAUGACAUUCAAAAUGUAAAUACCCCAUCAGCCCGCUCCACUCCUCAAUCCACCCAAUCCAAUUUCACUUAUCUGCCUCAGGCAUCCGUGCAGUCCAAGACCGCGAUCGACCGAGCAAUUCGGGGUAGCAAGGCCGCUCGUGCCAAUGACAUUCUGAAUAAGUAAGUGCCCGUAAUUAGAUCAACUCAUUGACUGCAAUUACUCGCUCUUUUGUAAACAUUGCGGGACUUGUUUGGGGGCUUAUUCAGAAAAGGACAAAAGAAGAUCGGUCACGACUUGGGUCGAAGGAAUCGCGAAUCCGAUCUCAUCGACUUCCUUUUUUGUUGUUUUCGGGAGUCACGAAAAUAUCCCGAUAAGGUCAAUAGUUCUGAAGAAAUAGCAACGUAAACAAAGGAGUAAUUUACAACACAUUACAAUAGAUUUAGAUUUAUUCCUUCUGCUUUUACAGGCUUACCAAACAAGCAAUGGCCAAUGCCCGGAAAUCCCCGGACUUCCCCGGUUCCAAUGCCUCGGACGCGUCUUCGGAAGCGUCAGUCUGCUCUCGACCUCGGCUCCCAACCAGUUCCAUCGAAACCCAAACUGACUUUGAUCUUGUCCCAACUCCCUUGAAAUCGCUGAAAACAAACGGAGCGGAAAAGACGCGUUGUCCAAGCAUAGUCAGCGAGAAAGACGAGUUGGCCGAUGAGUCCAAUGAAGAAGAUGACACCCAUACAGAGCAUGGGGAAUGUCAGAACGGGAAGGGAGACAAGUGUGGAUGCAGAGUGAUACGAGUUUGUUGUUGCGAGAAUACCAGCAAUUGCAAACAAAGGAAGCGCCAGUUCGCCGAGAUCAGUGCCGAGUAA